UUGAAAACAGGUUGUCAAUUUGUUCUAAUCUCACUGUUCUGUUCUGUCUGGAUAGUGGACCGUAGUUCUCCGUUUUGUUGUGGUGGGAUCUGAACCGUUUGAGGUUAGAAUUGCUAUAGGAGAGUUCUUAUUUGUUAUCUGAACGAGACAGAGAGAUGGCUAAACCAAAACUUGGGGAGGUGUUCCCUGAUUUUUCUGCUGAUACAACUGUGGGGAAGAUUCAGUUCCACAACUGGCUUGGGGAUAGUUGGGGUAUUCUUUUCUCACACCCUGCAGACUUCACUCCUGUUUGCACUACCGAACUGGGCAGGGUUGCCAAACUUGUUCCCGAGUUCCAGAAGAGAAAUGUCAAAGUGAUUGGGUUGUCUUGUGACAGCGUCAGCUCCCAUAACAGCUGGAUUGAGGACAUAAAGAGCUACUCAAUGGUGCAAGGGGACUUCCCCUUCCCAAUAAUCGAUGAUGAACGCAGGGAGUUGGCUGUGCAGCUAGAUAUGUUAGACCCGAUGGAGAGAGACAAGGACGGGCUUCCCCUCACCUGCCGAGCAGUCUUUAUCAUCGAUCGACUCAAGCGACUGAGACUUUCCUUGCUCUACCCAGCUACCACUGGACGGAACUUUAAUGAGAUUCUAAGAGUAGUCGAUGCCCUGCAGUUAACGGAUGGCAACAAAGUGGCAACUCCAGCAGAUUGGAAACAAGGGGAGGAGGUCAUGGUGCUGCCAACUGUGAAAGAAGAGGAAGUAAGAGACUUGUUUCCGAAAGGAGUAUCUUAUGUCAAUCUUCCGUCUGGCAAGUCAUACCUUCGCAGAACUCCCCAGCCCUAGGAAAGUCUCAAGAGCUUAUUUAACUCCAUUUUAUUUGUUUUGUUAUUUAUUUUCAUAAAAAGAUAUUGGUUGUUUUCAUAUAAAUUGACCUUGGAUCAAUCAAUAUUAACAAAGUAAAGUUUAUCAAAUAGGUUGUAACUUUAUGUUCAUAAGUCACAGAACGUACAAAACUAUAACCUUAGCCAUGUAGCAAUUGUUAAUAAUACAUUGUUUCGUAACAAAUUCUUGACGUUAGUAGAGUGGCUGUUUUAAAGCAUUUAAAUAUAGUUUUACCAAUUUUACUGAAAUAUAAGGCAUAUUACAUUUUAAAUUACAUUUGAUAAAUAGUGCCUUCAACAUUCCAUGGAAACAUGAAUUAGAAGACAGUGAGAAGUAAAAGAGCAUUGGUGCUAUUUACUUGUAACAGUAUUGUGUUGUUUGUUAUCUUUGUUGUAAUCUUUACUUCAAAAUAAAACUUUUUUCUCACAAA